UCUACACUUCCCCCUGAUAAUUAUUGUUAAAUCCAUGAAAGUACAAUAGGCUACACCGCAUGUAACACCGUUUUGUGCUAAUUCAGAAAGGAUGAAAUUUAAAGUUUUUAAAAAUUUAAUUUUUUGCGCACUGCUGCUGUCGAGCACAGACGCGAUGGAGUCAGGAGAGAGUAAAUGCCCAAGGUUUGCUUUCGAACAAAAACUUCUUGAAAGCCUUGUCCGUUUGGAACAUUCAGUUAAGACAAUUGGGAGUAAGAUUACCAGCCUUGAAGAACGUAUGCUCAACUUAGAAAAUGGAGGCAAGAAUUGUAGAAAUGCGAUUGCCUUCACAACCGUUCUUAGUAGAGAAACAACUUUUGAGUCAGGAAAUAUUAUCAAAUUCAACUCUGUAUUGAACAAUGAGGGAAAUGGGUACAAUCGCAACAGUGGAAUGUUCAGAGCACCUAUAUCUGGAACUUACAUCUUUGCCUUUCAGAUCGAGCACUGGGAUACUAAAGAGAUAACUGGCCAACUUAUGCUGGAAAACGUUCUUCAAUCCAGUGCAAUUAUAAAUCCGGGAGGGAAAAGUACACAGGCUACAGGACAUGCUGUUGUCACGCUUCUGAGCGGACAGUAUGUUUGGGUUCAAACUACCGGCGGUAAACUGUAUGGGUCAGACACGUUCUAUGGGACAGCAUUUAGUGGAGCCUUUCUAUAUUGAUGAAAAGACUUGACAGAAUUUUGAAAAUUAAUUUUAGAUUUGUUGCAAAUAUUGUAUUGCUUUUUUUUCUUUGUCUAUGAACUACUUCUCUGAAAGUGACUUUUGACAAAUCAAGUCUAUGACUACAGCCAUGUACAUGUAUUCUCAUAACUGUAAGUGCUUUUGUUUUUAUGAUGAAAUAUUUCUAAACAUUAUUGGUAUAUCAUAAAUAAGCUGUUCAUGAAAGGUACGUGUACGAGGGUGGGUAAUGCAGUAUAGACAAUAAAUUCAACAAAAGAACA